AUGUCCGAAGGCGAUUUGCCAGCACACGAGCAUUACCUCUACAGCGUCGACGAGCGAGUAUUAUGUUUUCAUGGUCCUCUUAUAUACGAAGCAAAGAUCUUGAGCCGCGAAUGGUUCGACGACGAUCCCGACAUUGUAGGGGCUGGUUAUUAUGUUCACUACAAGGGCUGGAAAAACACAUGGGAUGAAUGGGUACCCGAAUCACGCGUGCUACGUUUAAAUGAUACCAAUAUCGCGAUGCAAUCAAAGUUAAAAGAUUUAUACACGCAAGCAGGCAAGAAGCGACCACGAGAUUCCAGCACUGAAAAGGAGGAUGAAUACUUGAACACACCAGAGAUAAGGAUUGAUAUCCCCAACGGUCUAAAAGCUCAAUUGGUGGAUGAUUGGGAAAAUGUGACAAAGAACCAGCAGCUCAUUGUGUUGCCACGCACACCCACAGUGUCAGAUUUAUUGGAACAAUACAAGGCUUACAAGCUUGGGAAAAAAGGAACAAACCAAGAGACGCUGGACGAGGUCAUCCAUGGUAUCAAGGAAUACUUCAACAAUGCUCUUGGAUCCUUGCUGCUCUAUCGGUUUGAACGGCAUCAAUAUGCAGAGGCAAGGAAAAAGUAUAAUCGAGAGAUGGUGGAUAUAUAUGGUGCGGAACACCUUUUGCGUCUCUUUGUUCAAAUGCCGUCUCUAUUAGCACACACUGACAUGGGCGUUGAAGCCAUCAAGACCCUCACCGACUAUCUAUCAGACAUUCUACGGUACAUGCAAAGGGUUCAAAAGCAAAUCUUUACAACCGAAUACGAGAAUCCAGCACCCGAUUAUGUAUCAUUGACAAAUGCAAUUUGA